AUGGCUUCUGUCCUCAGAGCCUCCAGGUCCCUGCGACCACUCAGCCGUUUCACGGCGCCUCGAGCUGCCAUCCGUUCCUAUGCCAGCGUCAGCGAGUCUCGCAAUGCCACUGCUGCCGCAGCUGUGCAGUACGACACAUCCCCCAUGGGCGCUCCCUUCUUCGCCGAUGAGCCUGUAGGACCGAAAGUGGUGACCGCUAUCCCGGGUCCAAAGAGCAAAGAGGCAAUUGCAAAGCUACACGAGGUCUUCGACACUCGCAGCUUGAACAUGAUGGCCAACUACCAGCAGAGUUACGGCAACUAUAUUGCAGAUCUCGACGGCAACGUAUUGCUCGAUGUCUAUGCGCAAAUCGCCUCCAUUCCCGUUGGCUAUAGCAAUCCCGCUCUUCUCCUCGCCGCCACUUCUCCCGACAUGGCCUCUGCCAUCAUCAACAGACCUGCUCUCGGAAACUUUCCUCAGCACGACUGGGCAUCAAUCCUCGAGACCGGUAUUCUGCGCGUGGCUCCUAAGGGUAUGAACCAGGUCUUUACCGCUAUGGCUGGCUCUGAUGCCAACGAGACCGCGUACAAGGCUGCCUUCAUGUGGAAAGCCCAGCAGAUUCGCGGCGGUCCGGAUGUUGAAUUCGAGCCCGAGUCCAUCUCGUCGUCCAUGGAGAACAAAUCCCCAGGCUCCCCGAACAUGUCCAUUAUGUCUUUCAAGACCGGCUUCCACGGUCGGCUAUUUGGCAGUCUGUCCACCACCCGCAGUAAGCCAAUCCACAAGAUCGACAUUCCCGCUUUCGACUGGCCCCAGGCACCAUUCCCCAUGCUCAAGUAUCCUCUCGAGGAACAUGCGGCCGAGAACCGUGCCGAGGAACAGCGCUGCCUAGAUGAAGCUGAGAGCAUCAUCAAGAACUUCCACAACCCUGUUGCUGCCAUUGUGGUUGAGCCUAUCCAGUCCGAGGGCGGUGACAACCAUGCCUCUUCGUUCUUCUUCCAAGGCCUGCGUGAGAUUACCCGCCGCAACAACGUCCUCAUGAUUGUGGACGAAGUACAGACGGGUGUCGGUGCCACUGGCAAGUUCUGGGCUCAUGACCACUGGAAUCUGCAAGACCCACCCGACAUGGUGACCUUUUCCAAGAAAGCCCAGACUGCAGGCUACUACUUCGGCAACCCCGAGCUGCGGCCAAACAAGCCCUAUCGCCAGUUCAACACCUGGAUGGGCGAUCCAGCCCGCGCCAUCCUUUUCCGCGCUAUCAUCAACGAGAUUGAACGGCUUAACCUGGUAGAGAAUACCGCUCAGGUUGGCGAUUACCUCUAUAACGGCAUCGCCAACCUCUCAAAACGGUACCCUGAGCACUUCCAAAACCUGCGUGGUCAGGGCCAGGGUACUUUCAUUGCGUUUGACAACCCAAAGCGCGAUGAGUUCUUGGCCAAGAUGAAGGGUCUCGGUAUCAACAUUGGCGGUAGCGGUGCUACGGCGGUGCGGUUGCGGCCCAUGCUGAUCUUCCAGAAGCACCAUGCGGAUAUUCUGCUGGAUGCUUUUGAGACGAUGGCCAAGACAUUGUAA